ACAGAGGUAGCAGUAAUAGCGAGCAAGAGAGCAGUGCAGAAACGGAAUCAGAUGUGGUGAAGUCCGUGAGUUGACAGGUCGUGGGGUGCACGAGAACAGGCGUUUCGAAGUGGCGGAGGCGGUGGAGGUUCAGGGGAAAGGAUUGUUUUCUGUGUGCGCGAGAAACGUGUCGUCGAUAGUAACGAAUUUCUUGGACGGGAUCGUCGUUGGUGAUGAUGAAAUGAUCCUCUAGCCAGAAGAUUUUCGCCUGGUCCGUACGGACAGAGAGGAAGACCGUUUGUAUAUCGCUGUUGUUCGAGGUAUCGUGCGUUCGUUCAUCCGUGGAAAACAUUGGUGAACGCUGACGUCGCAGAUUUAGUCCUGUGUACCGUUUUCCUUCGUGAUCGAGAGAGCGUCGAGAGAUCUAACGACUGACUGCGGAGCGUCGCGCGCGCGUGUCUUUGUUUUUUUCUCCCUUCGCUGUCUCGGUGCUGAAUAACUGGUCAGUACGGGAGAACAAGAGUGUGUUGUACGAGAGUGGUGAUAGACUAUCAGUUCUUCGUGAAUCUUACGGUGGUAAACAAUCGACAGUAGUACAGAGGCCCUUCUCGAAACGAUAAUCGAGCUCAGCUGACUCAAGGACUUGCUGCGAAGGGCUCUGCUGUGUUAAUAGGCGAUAAAUAUGUCGUCCCCCAGUGCUGGAAAACGACGUAUGGACACGGACGUUCUCAAAUUAAUAGAAAGCAAGCACGAGGUGACGAUACUAGGAGGAUUAAAUGAAUUUUCUGUCAAAUUCUACGGUCCACGAGGCACGCCUUACGAGGGUGGAAUAUGGAAGGUGAGGGUUCACUUGCCCGACCACUACCCCUUCAAAUCUCCUUCGAUCGGCUUUAUGAACAAGGUGUACCACCCUAACAUUGACGAAGUCUCGGGCACUGUGUGUCUAGACGUAAUAAACCAGGCCUGGACUGCCCUUUACGAUUUAUCGAAUAUAUUCGAGUCUUUCCUGCCCCAACUGUUAACAUAUCCUAACCCAAUUGAUCCCUUAAAUGGCGAUGCUGCGGCCAUGUAUUUACAUAAACCUGAAGAGUACAAGAAGAAAGUAGCAGAUUACGUGAGGAAAUACGCGACGGAGGAAGCGCUAAGGGACCAGGAGAACGGCGACACCGGAAACGGAAUGUCGUCCGACAGCGAGUCUUCGAUGAGCGACUUCAGCGAGGACGAGGCACAGGACAUGGAGUUGUAACCAAAUAUUUUACCAUCCGUACCCAUAUCCUUAAUCUCGAUUCCCUGUAAACUCCGAUCGCUCGACCUACCAAAUAGAUGCUUACAUUCGAACCUCCGGACCUCACUAUCGGUUUAGCCACGUGGCACUCUCGUCACUUUGUUUUAUAGAAACAUCGAACCACGUCCAGGUUGCUGUUAAUUAUUCGCGAGGUGUAAUUCGGUUAUUAUAAUUGCCGAACGCAUGAAACAAAGAAAAAAGGAAAAAAGAAUAUAUAAGGGAAACGAUUCACUUGAAAGAUAAAAGAACGAAAGACAAAUAAGAAAACGAAAAAGAAAAACAAAAAGGGGUGUAUCGAUGUACAUAAACGAGAAAGAGAAUCGCUUUUGGAGUUCUCUUUACGCGACACGGUGUAUCCUCGUCGUCGUCGUUGUCGUCGUCGUCGUCGAGGAUCAAAUCGGAAGACGUCGACGGGAGAAGGGACACGCUAAUUUACUCAUCGAGAUAUAUCAAUUUUCUGGAAUGAAUGCUGGUUCGAUCGACGCCCAGUCGAUUUUACCUCAAAUUCUCUGCCAACGCGUUUCCAACUUCCGUAUCGAUCGGUCGGAAUGAUCGCGAAUCCGCGCGUUCACCCCUUGCCUUAAGAUUUCUUUCCUAAUUCAGCUUGCAACGGUUGCCUUAUUUUUACUAAUUUCCCAGAUGGAAAAACUGUAUAUUCAUCGUGAACGUAAAUUCACCGCGGGUAAAUCGUAUUCAUAAAUAGAAAAUGAGUACUGUUUUCUUUCAAUUGGAGCGAACUGAGUAAUAUUAAUUUUCAUGAAAUUCAAUGAAGAAUCAAUAGCUUUAGUCUAACUCGAUUUUAAACGGGCAAGAGGUUAG